ACGAAAAUUUUCCAGUAAAUUUUGAAGCCUUUUUAAGUUUUAUUUUUCUUUGAUUCAAAAUUUUAUUGUCAGUUACAAUAUCCAAAAGGGAUGACACCAUGUUUGUUCAACCAAGUUACAUCGGGCUGGUAGGAGAACUUGAUGUGAAUUUAUCGUUGCGAAAGCCGGGCUCUCCAUGGCGUGUUCUUAAAAUUUCCUUCUAAAGAUCGAAAGCAUCGUAGGAUCAAACAAAAACAACUCUGAAGUGGAAGGCUUCUUGCUUGAAUACCAAGUCCUUCCGCCAAAAUGACAUCGAUGAAAGGCCUCUUAAAAGGAUUAAGAUACAUUUCGCAAAUAUUUGAUAAUGAGAAAGAAGAAGAAAUAGAGAUUGGGUUCCCUACAGAUGUAAAGCAUGUUGCACAUAUUGGAAUGGAUGGUCCAUCUGCAAAUACACCAAGCUGGAUGAAUGAGUAUAAAGGAAAUGCUGAAACCAAGGAUACGCCUUCAAAAUCAUCUACCCAAGAUCCAUUGACCCUAGACGUAACGGGUAUUCAAGAGUCAUCCGGAGCUCAAUUGGACUCCCCGACCCGACAUAGCUCCAGCAAGCCAAGGCGGCACAAGAAUUCAAGCAGUUCGCUGGGUUCCCCGACCCAGGACUCAUCGGGCAGCUCUACCAAGCCUAGGCGGCACAAGAACCAUUCAAUGGAUCUUGAUUCAAAUCGAGAUCCAUCUCACCGGUCCAGACGAUCCCAUAAUUUGGAUAUCGGGUCGGAUUCACCCUCUCAAGAGCUGCCGGGUCUCCCUAAACACUCUCGCCGAAAGAAGUCCAAGGAGUCAUCGGGUAGCGGGUCAAGUAGAUCAUCUAGGUCCAAAGGACCUGACACUUUAACCCAAAAUUAUUCUUACUCGGAUCCCGGAUCCGGGCACGACUUGAAGAACAAUGAGAAGUGCCCAAAUUCAGCUUUGAAAGUGUAUGAAGAUGGGAAUGAAUGUGAUGAGAUCUCAAGAGGAAUUCGUGCUUUGUAAAGUAUAGAGGUUUUGACAAUAAUUUUUUUUUGUUCCAUGAUGGUGUAAUUUUAUAAGAUUGAUUAUUCUAAGUGUCCAGAGGAAGCAAUUAUUUUGAUUAUUGUCAUGCCCAUGUCUUUUUCUAUUGCAAUUGGUUCAUGUCUUUUUCUAUUGUGAUGGGUUGAAACAGUCAGAUCUAUCAUAUUUAUAAUGGUAUUUGAGAAGCAAUUUAUUUGAAAAUUGAUUUAUUCUAAACUUGAAACAAGCCAUACACACACCUGGAUUCAAAUCCUAAACCUGACAUCUGGAUUCAAGUUGAAGGAAGCAAAGAUCUUCUCCAAAAAUUUAAGCUAUGAUUUCUUCACUUCACGGCGAUAAUCCUCAUGCAUCACCACUAUUGAUUUUCCAGCUAGGCAAACAGGUCAAAUUGAGAUAAGAACUUGAAAAACAGAGCAACCUACUCUAUCCACAAUGAUACAGAAGAAAGAGAACCAAGGGAAGAAACAAAACCCACAGUUUGCCAAUUUGAAGGCACAUUCACUCCACUAUAAAUGAUCUAUUGCUGAAUUUCAAAUCUUAAACAGCUAUGCCCAUCGCCCUAUU